GACUCCCGCCCUCGCCGCCGUUGACUAUCUAAACCAUUCAACCUUUGCUCAUCAUGCCCGACGGUUCCUACGCCCACCCCCAGCAGCGACAAUUCAACCCCUACACCGAGAACGGUGGUACCAUCCUUGCCAUUGCUGGUGCGGAUUUCACCGUCAUUGCAGGUGACACCAGGCAGAGCGAGGGUUACAGUAUCCAAACUCGCUAUGCACCAAAGGUCUUUCGACUUACCGAUCGCGCCGUCUUGGCUGUAAAUGGUUUUGCAGCAGACGGUAACAUGUUUGUGAAGAAGGUGAAGCAGCGGUUGGAAUGGUAUCGUCAUGCGCACGCGAAAGACAUGCCUCUUCGAGCGAUCGCCCGGCUGAUCCAAACCAUGCUCUACGCACAACGGUUCUUCCCAUACUACGUCUACAAUAUCCUCGGAGGCAUUGAGGAAGACGGCAGCGGUGCCGUCUACUCAUUCGAUCCAGUUGGAUCAUAUGAGCGUGAAGCAUGUCGUGCGGCAGGUGCCGCUCAAUCACUAGUCCAGCCUUUCUUGGACAAUCAGAUUUACUUCAAGAACCAACAGUUACCACCAGGGCAGACACGGCCCUUGCAUCUGUCACUAUCGGACGUCCUCUCCAUCGUCAUUGAUUCGUUCACGAGUGCAACCGAGCGUCAUAUCGAGGUGGGUGAUGGUCUCGAGAUUUAUGUCGUGCUUGCGAAAGGUCGGGGCCCGCAAGGACUGGAGGCUGUCCGAGGUGCCCAGGAACUCACAACAAACGCUGAGGGGGAUCGGGUAUUCAUUGUCCGACGUGAACUAAAGAAAGAUUAAUUCAUGUAUUUUCCUCUUGGUUCUAUGGACGUCGACACUGGACAUUUCUCUGCCUGCCGCCUACCCAUGCGCUUCUUCAUCGACCUCAUUUUCUUCGUCUUUGUUGUCGUUCCUGUCCGUAGAUAUGUAACGACUUAUUAGGUCUUUCCUCCCUCGUCUGCCACAUGGCUCGACGUGCGCGGGGUAAUGUAUUGGUAUGAUGCACUAUCAAUGUUACUAUCUAGACAAGCAUAGAGGAAACAUUUCUUUCGCUGGCGUUUGAAAUACGCCUCACUUCCAUCGGGUACUUAUCCUCGUACAUUCAAUCGGAGUACUAGAAGCGGCGGCGUCUUGGAUGUGGACCAAUGAGAUUGCGAGCUUGAAGCCCGACCCGAAGCCAAUCCGUAUUCAUGGACGAAAGGAUCAUCCUCGUGACGACAGGAAGAAGGACGUGACGCUCGAAGGUUUCGAGGUUGCCUGGCACGACGGGAAACCUCAAUGAAUGUAUCGAAGGGAGAUCAUACGGUACAAGCGCGAGAAGCCUCCGAGGUGAGAUACGACGAUCACUUGAACAGGUAAGUCGAAACUUGUGGUCGAGAUCGGUGGGGGCGCGUGAGCAUCACAUCCACGCAGAGAUCGGGCAGAAACACACGCUGGGCGGAGAGCGGGAGCCCGAGGAAGAGGAAGGAUGGCUACAAGGUUGAGGUUGUUUCUUGCGUCCGGUGACGACUGUACGGUUCGAGUCAAGGCACGAUAUGCAUCGGCAGAACUUGUCUCUAGAAGCACAUAGUGCAUCCGAGAUGGUUUACAUGUAUUGAGUUAUUUCGCAAAGGUGGUAAUGACCGGUGGGUGGUUCACGUGGAAUUUGGGGAAUGUUAUCGUUUCCUUUAG